AUGUCACCCCCAGUAGCAGCAACACCCGAGAAUGCACCAGAGCACUGUCCAGGAACGGAGAGUGAACAGGCCGGAAAGGCCAAUGCUUGUGAUGGCUGCCCUAACCAAAAUGUCUGCGCCACAGCCCCCAAAGGCCCCGACCCAGAUCUGCCGUUGAUCAACGGCCGCAUGGGAACCGUUAAGCACAAGAUCCUAGUCCUCUCAGGAAAGGGCGGCGUCGGCAAAUCCUCCUUCACCACCCAACUAUCCUUUGCCCUCUCGCACGAUGAAGAGACCCAAGUCGGCGUGAUGGAUAUUGAUAUCUGUGGACCAUCCAUCCCAAAGAUGUUUGGUCUUGACGGCGAACAAAUCCAUCAGUCGAACUCGGGGUGGUCCCCCGUUUAUGUGACCGAUAACUUGGGCGUCAUGUCGAUUGGGUUUAUUCUUCAGGAGGCCGACGAUGCGAUUAUUUGGAGAGGCCCCAAGAAGAAUGGGUUGAUUAAACAGUUCUUGAAGGAUGUCGAUUGGGGCGAUUUGGAUUACCUGGUCGUCGAUACCCCGCCCGGUACGUCGGAUGAGCACUUAUCGGUGGUGCAGUAUUUGAAAGAGUCUGGGAUUACUGGAGCGAUUCUGAUUACGACGCCUCAGGAAGUUGCUCUGCAGGAUGUCAGGAAGGAGAUUGAUUUCUGUAGAAAGGUCAAGAUCCCGAUUAUUGGAGUUGUUGAGAAUAUGGCGGGCUUCGUUUGCCCGAGCUGUAAGGGCGAGAGUGUGAUCUUUGCGCCUACUACGGGAGGAGCCAGGAAGAUGGCGGAGGAUACUAAUGUGAGGUUCUUGGGUAGUAUUCCUCUUGAUCCUCGUAUCGGCAUGUCGUGCGACCAAGGUCUGUCGUUCUUGGAGGAAUACCCCGACUCGCCCGCCACCAAGGCAUACGAAAACAUCAUCACAGAAAUCAAGAAGCUGUUGCCCUAG